UGUGGGAGUGGGGUCUCCGCCGUCCGCGGCCAGGCUCGGUCCCGGUCCCCGUCGCGGUCCUUCUGCCGGUGUCCGUUCCCGCAGCCGCCAUGAGCCAGUUCAACUUCGGGUCGGGCGGUACCGGGAGCGGGGGCGGCUUCACUUUCGGCACGCCGAAGACGGCCGCCACCACGGUCACCCCCUCGGGGGGCUUCAGCUUCGGGUCCCCGGCGCAGACGGCGGCCAGCAGCCAGCCCGCCGGGCUCUUCUCCUUCAGCACGCCGAGCACGGCCGCGCAGCCGGGCAGCUUCAGCUUCGGGACGCCGACGACGACGGCCGCCGCGGCGCCGGCAGCGAGCGUGUUCCCGCUGGGGGCAAAUGCACCAAAAAUAAACUUUGGUGGCAGCACGGCAACUCAGGCUCCUGGAAUCACAGGAGGCUUUGGGUUGGGGAGCUCUGUACCAACCAGCACGCCCUCGAGCCAAGCGGCAGCUCCUUCUGGCUUCACGUUUGGCUCUACUGGCACCACCGCCCAGUCUGGGACAACUGGAGGGUUUACUUUUUUUAGUGGUACCACAGCACAGGCUGGAACAGCCACCUCCACCCUUGGCACUGCAGCUCCACAAGCAGCUCCCGCGGGGUUCACCUUUGGAACAGCAGCUGCUGCCACCACUGCGGCCACCUUAGGGGUGACAACGCAGUCAACGGCCCCCUUCAGCCUCGGGGGGCAGCCCUCAGGUCUAACGUUUGGGUCAUUGACUUCAACAGCAGCCACGAGUGCCCCCGCGGCAACACCGACCACAAGUACCAACCAGAAACCUGCUCUGUCCUUUGGAGCAAAACUUGGAGUAACCUCCACAGCUGCUACAACUGCUGCUACCACCACAACCUCCAUUCUUGGCUCAACGGGGCCUACGUUGUUUGCGUCUAUAGUGAGUUCCUCAGCACCCACAUCAUCUACCACCACGGGCCUCUCACUUGGUGCCCCUUCCACUGGGACGGCCAGUCUUGGAACCCUUGGGUUUGGAUUAAAAGUUCCUGGAACUACAGCUGCCACAACAAGCACUGCCACUAGCACUACUGCUGCUUCUGGAUUUGCUUUGAAUCUUAAGCCAUUAACUACAACUGGUGCCAUUGGAGCUGGGACUUCUACAGCUGCCAUAACCACCACAACAACCACCAGUGCACCUCCAGUGAUGACUUAUGCCCAGCUGGAGAGCUUGAUAAACAAGUGGAGUCUGGAACUGGAGGACCAAGAGAAACACUUCCUCCAUCAAGCGACACAAGUUAAUGCCUGGGAUCAGACUCUGAUAGAGAAUGGGGAGAAGAUUACCUCUUUACACAGAGAAGUAGAGAAAGUGAAGCUUGAUCAGAAGAGACUGGAUCAGGAGCUGGACUUCAUCCUGUCACAGCAGAAAGAGCUGGAAGACUUGCUGACCCCUCUGGAGGAGUCUGUGAAGGAACAGAGCGGGACAAUCUACUUGCAGCACGCAGAUGAAGAACGGGAGAGGACCUAUAAACUGGCUGAAAACAUAGAUGCUCAGUUGAAGCGAAUGGCACAAGAUCUGAAGGACAUCACUGAGCACCUGAAUACAUCAAGAGGCCCAGCAGACACAAGUGACCCGCUUCAGCAGAUCUGUAAAAUUUUGAACGCCCACAUGGAUUCGUUGCAGUGGAUUGACCAGAACUCAGCUGUGUUGCAGAGAAAGGUAGAAGAGGUGACAAAGGUCUGUGAGAGCCGCCGCAAGGAGCAAGAGCGCAAUUUUCGGUUUGCGUUUGACUGAAGGACUUUAAGGAUUAAUGCAAUGCCUCCUGAGAAAAUAGCGGUUGGUGGGGACCUAGGUCUCCAAUCAAGAUAUGGGUUUGUUUCUUUCUUGCAAUAAAAUUUUUUUGUUUGUUCCAAAGCCAGUCUUUGCAGUGACUGACUGGAAUUCCCUGACUCUGGUCUGAGAGACUGCAUGAAGUUUGUGCUGGAAGUAGUGUCCUUUGUUCCUGGUGUUCCCAACUGCCUGCAGGCUGGUGAGAUACACAGAGGCUGCCCCUGAGGGAUUUAAGCCCUCUGUGGCUCCAUGGCUGAGCUCUCCAGAACUUCAGUGGAACCUGACUAUCUUCAGCUGGGACUUCCUAAGCUUUGAUUCAGGUCUUUACAGGGACAGUUUAAGGAAGAGCUGUCCCCAGCAGGACCUGUCUGAGAGACUCUGAUUCUUCCUGCCACUGAGCUGGAGUUUGUGUUUCCAAUUCCCUGUGUUUCCACUUGUGAAAGUGGGCCUUGUUUUCUGUAUUUUUUGGCAAUAAACUGCUUUUGUGCAGGUACCUGUAAGUGGAAUUUGUACUCAAUUAAAAGUUAUUAAAUGUGCCAUUAGAAAAUG